UUUUCAGGAUAAAGAAUUUAUCGGCACUGACAAUAACUACACAGACUUCAUUCAACAGCUAAAAACGUCUCAAAAACGAGGACCAAAAGCUGGAGCAGCACUGCUAUGGACAUGGCAAACAUGUACCGAAUUUGGAUACUUUCAGUCAACAGAUGGACUUAGCAUAUUUGGAAGUCCAACGCCAUUGAAAACUCUUGAAAAUUUCGUAAAUGAAGAUGACUAUUUCUCCAUAUCUGUCGCUCCAAAAAAAAAUUCUAAAGGUUCAAAUAAGAAUGGUUCGAGGACAACUUAG